AUGAGCACAAACGUUAUUAAAGUCCAUUGGCUAAACCAAUCGAGGGCCUUCAGGGUUCUAUGGUUGUUAGAUCAUUUGAAACUCGACUAUGAAAUCGUUCCCUACAAAAGAAAUGAACAAUUUAGAGCACCAGAGGAAUUAAAGAAGAUCCAUCCAUUGGGUAGAGCACCAAUUUUGGAGAUAGAUUAUAAGAGUUCUGACAGAAAGGAUAUCCUUGCGGAAUCGGGUUAUAUUUUCCAGUAUAUUUUAGAAAAUUUCGACAAGGAAGGAAUUCUUAACAAUGCAGAUCAACAGAAGGCCGAAAAGAUCAAAUAUUAUCUACACUACGCUGAAGGUUCGCUUCAACCACCUUUAUUCAUUGAAUUCCUCCUUUCAAAGGCUAAAGAGGCUCCUGUGCCAUUCCCCUUCUCUUACAUUACCAAGAAAUUCGCCGACAAAAUCAGUGAAAAGUAUUCUCGGGGAGAGGUGAAAAACCAGCUAGAUUUCAUUGAGACCGAAAUUGAGCAAAAUGACGGAUACUUGGUCGGAGGUAAACUCAGUGCUGCUGACAUUUUAUUAUCGUUCCCCUUGGAAAUGGCUUUCGAGAGGCAAUUCGCCAGAACCGAAGAGUAUCCAAAUAUAGCAAAGUGGUUGGAGACUAUCAAAAGGGAAGAGUCUUACUCAACUUCAAAAGACAAAGCCAAAGCGAAUGGCGCCUCAUUCUAA